GACUGGACUUGGACACAUCCGGAAGUGAUAACAGAAUGAAAUUGAUUAGUUUUUCCUCGUUUUGCCAACUACGCUCAUCAUAAAGCGCAGACUGGGAUUUUGCACUUCGGUUUCUUUUGUCUAGAAUAUGCCUGUUAAGCCGUCUCAAUGAAUAAACUGCGCAGAAAACAUUGAAAGUCCGGCGCAAAGGGCAGUGGCCGAUUAAUUUGUGCGGCUACGUCCUGUCAAAGGAGACGAGCUUAAGUCAACGCUCGCUCACCAGAGGACUACAUAAAGUAGGUCUAUGAGACGGUGAAUCAUGAGACUGACAGCCCCCCUGCGAGGUGUGAUGGUUGUGCUCCUGGUGGGCUUCACCUGGCUGCUCGCAAGCGCAUUAUUUGGAGGAGACAGCAGUUUAUCUGUGCGAAACAUCUUCACUGAAAACCUGUUAAUAUUUUCAGGCACAAAAGAAGAGCCAACCCAAUCUGAACCGCGUCCUCGGAAGUACAAAUGUGGACUUUCAGCACCCUGUCCUCCAAAGCAUUUGGCUUUCCGUCUGGUGUCUGGAGCUGCAAACGUCAUUGGCCCAAAAAUUUGCUUGGAGGAUAAGAUGUUAAUGAGCAGUGUGAAGAACAACGUUGGUAGAGGACUUAAUAUAGCUUUGGUGAAUGGGGUGACAGGUGAACUAUUGGAGACCAGAGCCUUUGAUAUGUGGGCAGGAGAUGUGUCCGACUUAUUGAAGUUUCUGCGGCCCCUUCAUGAAGGAACACUUGUGUUUGUUGCUUCCUUUGAUGAUGCUGCUACAAAACUUAAUGAUGAGUCUAGACGUUUGUUUGAGGAGCUCGGUAGUACAGCUGUGAAGGAGCUGGCCUUCAGAGACAGCUGGGUGUUUGUUGGAGCCAAGGGCAUCGAGAACAAGAGUCCCUUCGAGCAGCGUAUGAAGAACAGUAAGAGCAGCAACAAGUAUGAAGGCUGGCCCGAGUCCCUGGAGAUGGACGGUUGUAUUCCCCUGCGGCCGCCACUUGAAGGUUAAUUCUGCUUCAGAUAGUCUCUCAGACGUCACAGCGACGUCUGAAGUCUCAGCAGGGAAACAAAGUGACUGCAGAAGGCCUACAAGCUUCUGAAUACCUGAAGCUCUUCACAGGAUACACAAGUAAUAUUUUCUUUUGUCCUGCUUUGGAAAAAGGAAUAAACUGAAUGUACAGAUUAUUUUUAAGCUGGAACCAGUUUGUACAGGAUUUCAGACUAAGCUUUCUAAGCUGCUUUUUAGCUGAGGAAAUGUUCUAGAAACAAUGAAAAUUAUAUCAAGGUAAGCAAAUCUUGAUAUAAUUGUUUGCUGGCCAAAGUGUAAAUUUGAUGAGCGAAUAUAGCUUGAUUGAAAUUUUUAAACCUCUUUAUAUAUAUAUAUAUGUAUACUGUGACGGGGUUCUAUUAUAGCUUAGUCAAACAUAAUGACUGGCCAAGGUUGGACAUCAUUUUAGAGAAAUUUAUUAAGCUUGCACAAAGAUGGCAGGUGCAGAACACACACAAAGGAUAUCCAGAGCAGGUUAAAAAUCAAACAAACAGCAGUACCUUCACUGCAACAGUCCAUCACCUCCAGCGUGACUUCUUAAGGAGUCUAACCACAGACUGCCUUCUUGUGGAGCAGAGCCCUGCUUUUAAAGCCACAGGCUCUGCCCACAGACUAUCCAAACAAGCAAAAAUACUAAGCAACUCUUAAACUGUAAGAGUUUAUUUUGUAAACUCUUAAAGUAUACAAAAUAAUAAUAAUAAAAUAAAUAAAGUAAACAAAAAUACAAUACUCAAUUUAAUAGACAACACUCAGUGCGCUCUGAUGACAUCACUAUAUCAUGUGACUCCCUCCUGGUACGCCACAAUCCGGAAACACCCUACUUGAAAACAGAACCGGGAAAACGUUUAAUGCU